ACAGGAAGAGCUCCGAGAGGAGUACGGGAGGAAGAGGAGAGAGGAAGAGGAAAGGGAGGAGUCAGAAGGAAGAGGAGGAGGAGGGGUAUCUGUCUUUAGAGAAUAUAUUUGGCUCCUCCUACAUGUCCGGCACCACGCAGGUCAACGCGUUACAGCCCCCACAAUGCAACAGUAGAGAACCAACUCCGGAUCCAGUCGCAGAGAGGUUUGUAGAGUUGGGUUGUCUGGGAGACGGAGGCUACGGGACCGUCUACGCUGGUUACCGCAGAGAAGACAACCUACCUGUGGCUAUAAAACGUGUCCCCUUGGCCAAAGUGUUGCGCAUACCUGUGACUCAGAAUGGACAGCAGGUGGAGUUUCCCUUGGAGGUGGUAUUGCUGAGGAUGGUGGGAGGUAGGGGUGAGGCUAGGGGGGAGGGUAUGGGUGAGGGUAUGGGUGAGGUUGUCCCUCCCCCCCGUGCUGCGGUGGCCCUGCUGGACUGGUUUGAGAUGGAUCAGGAAUUGGUUCUGGUUCUGGAGAGGCCAGUUCCCUGCAUGGACCUCCAUGACUACAUUCAGAAGAGAGGAGGAACGCUGCAGGAGGAACACGCCAGGGUCAUUCUGAGGCAGCUAGUUGAAGCGAUGAGAGAGGUCCAUUCCAGAGGUGUUCUCCAUCGUGACAUCAAACCGGAGAACGUUCUAGUAGAGACCGGUUCCACCUCGCCUCGUAUCAGGGUUCUAGACUUUGGCUGCGGCUGCGUUCUCAGAGACGGGCCCUACACAGAGUGUUACGGCACGUCCCAGUACACCCCUCCAGAGUGGUUUCUGAGAGAGUCGUACCGUGCCGGUCCCUCCACCGUUUGGCAGCUGGGGGUUGUGCUGUAUGACAUGCUGUGUGGCGACCAGCCCUUCAACACACGGAGAGAAAUCCUCUAUGAAGAGCCUUACAUCAAGGACCAACUGUCCAGACACUGUGUGGAUCUGUUGAGGAGGUGUCUGGCGAAGCGACCCCGAGGACGGCCCACUCUGGAGGAGAUGCUGCUCCACCCCUGGCUCCAGCCGGACACGCCCCCCCCUGGCUCCAGCCGGACACGCCCCCCUGGCUCCAGCCAGACACGCCCCCCUGGCUCCAGCCGGACACGCCCCCUGGACAGACCUGCAGCCUGUCACCUGAAGACAACACAUCUUCACUCGGGACAUAAAUAAACGAUUUUUAAAACAUUUUUUUUUUACCCGUCUUUGAAAAGUGACUCCUUCAACGUGAAAAUGUAAACUUUGAACAAAUAUCAUACUUUUAUCAUUCAUGAUUUGUUACUCUGCACACACACACACACACACACACACACACACACACACACACACACACACAC